AUGAUGAUGAUGAUGAUAUGUCGAGAAGAAACAACACCCGCCACACCAACAAGAACAGCAUCAGCAGCAGUAUGGGGGCUCGGCUCAAGUUGGAAUGACCAAGGCGGGAGAUGGUGCAAUCCAAGCUUGGUGAAAGUGGUAGGGAAUCAGGAUUGGGAAACAAGCAACUGCAAUGAGAGAGGUCAGCAGCAGCAAAUGGAGGUGCAUGGGAAAGUGGCACAAAUAAAUGGGAAUGACUUCUUUGUGAAGGUGUUCUGUGAGCACAGGCCAGGUGGGUUUGUGAGGUUGCUAGAGGCUUUGGAUUCUCUUGGCCUAGAAGAAGUCACCAAUGCCAAUAUCACCAGCUGCAAUUCCCUUGUUUCCAUUGUUUUCAGGGCGCAGAUCAUACUUGGGAUAAAGCUGGGAAUGAAACCAGACGAGGCAAGAUCCAAUAUCAAAACACUUUCUGAUGUAGAAGGGUUGUGUGUAUCUUUUGCUAGAAAAAGUCGUUCUUCUGAUCCAGUCAUUGCCGAAAAGGAAUUUCUGAAAGAGGAACCAUAUACAGCUGAAGAAAUCGAAAAAAUAACUGGAGAGAAGCUUACAACUACAUUUAGCAGUUCUGCAUCCUCAUUGGAGGUGCUAAAGGCAGCCAAGAACUUCAAGUUGCAUCAGAGCGCUUGCCCAUGUUUACUCAGAAGCCAAGCGGAUACUCGCUUUCAAGGAUGUUGUGGUGGCAAAUCUCAAGAAGGAUUCAUUCCAGUUCCAUGCGCACCUCAAAAAGCUUUGGAGUCUUCUUUUUCCUCACUCGAA